CCGCCGCCCGCCGCGCGCCCCCGGCAGCGCCGGCCCCAUGCCCGCCGGCCGCCCGGGCCCUGCCGCCCAAUCCGCGCGGCGGCCGCCGCCGCUGCUGCCCCUACUGCUGCUCUGCGUCCUCGGGGCGCCGCGAGCGGGAUCAGGAGCCGAUACGGCUGUGAUCAGUCCACAGGACCCCACGCUCCUCAUCGGCUCCUCCCUGCAGGCCACGUGCUCAGUACACGGGGACCCACCAGGGGCUACCGCCGAGGGCCUCUACUGGACCCUCAAUGGGCGCCGCCUGCCCCCUGAGCUGUCCCGAAUGCUCAAUGCCUCCACUCUGGCCCUUGCCCUGGCCAACCUCAACGGAUCCAGGCAACAGUCAGGGGACAACCUUGUGUGCCACGCCCGCGACGGCAGCAUCCUGGCCGGCUCCUGCCUCUACGUUGGCCUGCCCCCAGAGAAACCCUUCAACAUCAGCUGCUGGUCCAAGAACAUGAAGGACCUGACAUGCCGCUGGACGCCGGGGGCCCAUGGGGAAACCUUCCUCCACACCAACUACUCCCUCAAGUACAAGCUGAGGUGGUACGGGCAGGACAACACAUGUGAGGAAUACCACACGGUGGGACCUCACUCUUGCCACAUCCCCAAGGACCUGGCUCUCUUCACGCCCUAUGAGAUCUGGGUGGAGGCCACCAACCGGCUGGGCUCAGCCCGCUCUGAUGUGCUGACACUGGACAUCCUGGAUGUGGUGACCACCGACCCCCCACCCGACGUGCACGUGAGCCGCGUAGGGGGCCUGGAGGACCAGCUGAGCGUGCGCUGGGUUUCACCGCCGGCCCUCAAGGACUUCCUCUUCCAAGCCAAGUACCAGAUCCGCUACCGAGUGGAGGACAGCGUGGAUUGGAAGGUGGUGGACGACGUGAGCAACCAGACCUCCUGCCGCCUGGCGGGCCUUAAGCCAGGCACCGUCUACUUCGUGCAAGUGCGCUGCAACCCCUUUGGCAUCUACGGCUCCAAGAAGGCAGGGAUCUGGAGCGAGUGGAGCCACCCCACAGCCGCCUCCACCCCCCGAAGUGAGAGCAGAGGUCUCAACCUCUUGGCCCUGGGGGCCAAUUGUGGCCCUUGGAUCUAUUUCCUUGACCUGUCAUUUGGGGGAAAAAAAAAAAAAAGUCUGACCUUCUGGCAGACUUUUAAACACAGUAAGUUUUAACACAAAUAUCCUAGAUUCCCUAGAAAAAUUGUCUAGAAAAUGUAACAGGACACAGCCAGAGUUACUCCACAGCCCCUAUCGGCAGAGGCUGCCCCUUAAGUCAGGGCCCUCACUCUUUCGGGUGCAGCAUCCCCACCUGGCCUGUUGCACCCACAUGCGCCCCUUCCCCAGCCCCUAAGGGCAAGUGAGUUUGAGACCCCUGCUUCUAAGACGAUGGGCUGCCAACUCUUCCUGUGACCGACUUUGGUUUCCCCUUCUGAUCAAGGUCGGGGGAUGGGAUGAUCAGGGGCCUGGGUCUGAUUCCCUUCGCUGUCUGGGGUUUAUCUAAGCCCACAGACCUCCCUUCUCUCCUUUGUGACAUGGUAUGAAAUCUUACUUGGUACCUCUGGCCUCAGCUUUCCCAUCUGGAAAGCGGGGAUGAUAAUCGUGCCUGCCUCAGGCUAUUGUGAGGGUUAGGCGAGAGAGAACCCCACGGCAAGUGCUGUCAUGGUGGGUGCUACCCAAGUGUUUGCAAGUAAUAGUUCCUGAGGCUCCCAUCCCCUGCUCCCCCAAUGGUUUCACCCAAGGGAGGCCCCCUUUUCUCAGAUGAGGACAUUAAGGUCACUUAGUGAUCUGAACUCAGUUCCCUUGAAGUCCAGGCUCUGGGGAUGAUGGGGAAACCAAGGCCCAGAGAGGGUCCCAGAGUCAGGGAGUGGCAGAGCAGGGCUCCAGCCGGUUCCCCAGCCCCCAUGCGAGGGCCCCUCCAGGUUCAGGGGUGGGCAGGAACUAGCACAGCUGGGAGGGGCUUGAGCCUUGGCCCCUGCUCGUGCCCAGCACCUGCGAUUCUUGCACGGGAGCCAGCAGGCGGCUGUGUCCGCUGGGGAGGCUGGGGAGGCCGGCAGGGGCGGUGGGGCCGGGGCUGUGCCAGGGCCUGUCAGCGGGUCCCCGGCGUUAUUUAUGACGUGAGGCCGAUGUCCUUAUCCGCCGGCCUGCUCAGGCUGCUCAGGGCUGGCUGCGGCCGGGGCGGCUGGACCGACAGACCGGCCUCCCACCUGGCCCUCCUGGCCUACUCCCCAUCCAACCGGCUGUACUCUCAGGCCUGUCCUGGGGACUGGCCCCACCCCUCAGAGUCACCUGGAAUUGUCUGUGUCCCUUCAUCUCUCUGACACUCACUCUCCUUUCCUGUGUCUGUCCUUCUGCCUUUCUUGGUUUCUGCGUCCCUACAUCCCCAGCCUCUCUGUCCCUCCCUGCUCUGGCUCUCUCUCCAUCUCUCAGCCCUCUGCCUCUCCUUGGCUCUCCCCCAAAGCGCUCUCCCUGUUUCUGUCUCUUCUUGCCUCCAUCUCUCAAUCUCUGUCUCUGUCUCUCUCUCCAGUGCUUUCUCAUCAGCGUCUCUCUCUUCCUUCCUCUGCCCCCUGCUCUGUCUGCGUCUCAUCCCUCUGGCCCUGGCCUCU